GCUUUUAAAAUGUUAUAUUUUAUUCUGCAGUCUUCUUUGCAUAAUAAAAUUGUUUUCUUUAUGUUAUUAGAUAGGGAAACAUUUUCUCAGUUUUGCCCAUUUGCAAAACCAACAAUGAGUCAACAAUGAAAAACCUUUAUAGUAUAUCUAAUUUCAAAUAUAAAAUUUUUAAGAAAUCACAUUUGCUUCAAAGAUAACUAUAUCUUUGGAGAAAAGUAUGGAUAGCUUUUCUAUAAUUAUAAGUUGGUAUGGCUCAGUGGUUAAAGCACUCAGCUACCAUUGUGAAAAAACUGAGGUUCAAUCUCUAGCAGCAAAAGUAAAGGCAGCUUGUCGGUAUUACUGACCAUAUUGCAACUAUUAUGUUGUUGGCUACAAAAUUGGUAAAUUGUAACCUUCUUGGCCUUAUUAAAUCACAAACAACUCUUGAAGAAAUUUUUUUAGGGGCUUUCUUUGUGUAAAAAAUAGAAUCUUUCUUAAAAAAUUGUCAUUAUGUCACAUAUUUAUUUCAUUUUCUUUCAGCAUUUAAUAAACCUUUGAAACAAAAAACAUGAAGGAUCCAAAGAGCCAUAUUCAAGCUUUGGCCAUGGUUGCCAGCAGUGUUACCGUUAAUUCUCAUAUUCCAAUUGGUCGUUAUUUUAGAUCUGGUUCUGAAAUGCUGAAAAUGGCAAAGAUGUAUCACGAUGAAGGAGAACUAGAAAAUGCUUUUAUUCUCUAUACUAAAUAUACAACAUUGUUUGUGGAGCAGAUACCUAAGCAUCCAGAAUAUCGGACUUUAACUGACAAGGAUAAAUUUGAGACUACAAAGGUAAAUUUAUCUUACGUUGCAUUUAUUUUAAAAACCAUUCCACUUAAAAACAUUCCUUUUUUUUUUACCACUUAAAAAUUAAAGUAUAGACAGGAUAUCAUUUUGCAGGUAUUUUUAUGAGAUAUAAUUUAUAAACCUACAUUCCCUGGAAUAAAACAGCUGCUGAUAAAUUU